AGGCCCCCCGAGGGGCGCCAUGGCGAUCGGCCGCGGCUCUCCGCCCCCCGCCCUGGCCGCGGCCAGCGCGGGCGGAGGCGGUCCUGUGGCGCCAUGCGCCGAACGUGUGCGCGGCUGACUGUCACUUCGCGAAACUGGAGGGCCGUGCAGAGUCUGGUCUUAGACGAGAUCAAGCGGGCGGAGUUCGUCGCAGUGGACCUGGAGCUCACGGGGCUUCACGUCAAGUCCGAGCGCUUCAUCGGCAUCGACCGCUGCUACGGCGCGCACCGGGAGGGCGCCCGCACGUUCCUGCCGGUCCAGGUGGGGGUCUGCGCGGCGAGACGGGAGCCUUCGAAGGAGAAGGACGGCGCCUGCCAUUGGGUGCUGUCUCCCUUCUCGCUCUACGUCUUCCCGCGGGACUCGGGCGAGCACCACUUCUCGGUCUCCACCGCGACGCUGACGUUCCUCAGCAGCAACGGCUUCGACUUCAACGACUGGGUGCAGCACGGCCUGGGCUGGCUGCGGCCCGCGGAGGAGGAGGAGCGGCGCAGGGGCGUGCAGCAGCGCAUCGACGAGGUCGUGAGGCUGAAGAAGACGGCGCUGGCGGCCCAGCCCUCCGACGGCGAUGGCUCGCAGCCCGCGGCGCCGCUGGACAUCCCCGACGGGGCAGACCGGGCCGUGGUGGAGGCCUCCAGGGGGCAGAUCCGCGAGUGGCUCGCGUCGACCACGAAGCAGCCGCUGGAAAUCCCCAUGGAGAAUGCCUUCCAGCGGCUGCUCAUGCACACCGUCAUCGCCCAGGAGUUCCCCCAGGUCUACAGCCACUCCUCCCGGCGCGGGAGCGAGCGCUUCCUUUGCGUCUACAAGUCGCAGGCUGAGGUCUACGAGGAGCAGCUCGCCGCUCUGGCGCGCGAGAUGGAGGC